AGGCUCUGACCCAGUCAGCCCUGUGCUCUCUUCCUGCCUAGCCUGGGCCAGUCUUCGGGAGCCCAAUGGCUAACUAUGAAUUUAGCCAGGUGUCUGGGGACAGACCUGGCUGCCGCCUCUCUAGGAAAGCCCAGAUCGGUCUCGGAGUGGGUCUCCUGGUCCUGAUCGCCUUGGUAGUAGGGAUCGUGGUCAUACUUCUGAGGCCGCGCUCACUCCUGGUGUGGACUGGAGAGCCUACCACGAAGCACUUUUCUGACAUCUUCCUGGGACGCUGCCUCAUCUACACUCAGAUCCUCCGGCCGGAGAUGAGAGAUCAGAACUGCCAGGAGAUACUGAGUACAUUCAAAGGAGCAUUUGUUUCCAAGAACCCUUGCAACAUCACAAGAGAAGACUACGCCCCACUUGUUAAAUUGGUCACUCAAACCAUACCAUGUAACAAGACUCUCUUUUGGAGCAAAUCCAAACACCUGGCCCAUCAAUAUACUUGGAUCCAGGGAAAGAUGUUCACCCUGGAGGACACCCUGCUGGGCUACAUUGCUGAUGAUCUCAGGUGGUGUGGAGACCCUAGUACUUCUGAUAUGAACUAUGUCUCUUGCCCACAUUGGAGUGAAAACUGUCCCAACAACCCUAUUACUGUGUUCUGGAAAGUGAUUUCCCAAAAGUUUGCAGAAGAUGCCUGUGGUGUGGUCCAAGUGAUGCUCAAUGGGUCCCUCCGUGAGCCAUUUUACAAAAACAGCACCUUUGGAAGUGUGGAAGUCUUUAGUUUGGACCCAAAUAAGGUUCAUAAACUACAGGCCUGGGUGAUGCACGACAUCGAAGGAGCUUCCAGUAACGCAUGUUCAAGCUCCUCCUUAAAUGAGCUGAAGAUGAUUGUGCAGAAAAGGAAUAUGAUAUUUGCCUGCGUGGAUAACUACAGGCCUGCCAGGUUUCUUCAGUGUGUGAAGAACCCUGAGCACCCAUCGUGUAGACUUAAUACGUGAAGGAUCUGGAUCUUAGAUCACCUGUAGCCUGGACUGAGAUGAAGGGGCUCAGAAGCAACACUGGUGGAAAGCUGAAACUGUCAGGGAGAAGCCUCUACUACAGUGUUAACACCAGAGAUGGAAGAACUUCCCAAUUCUCUGUGUACUACCAACAUUCAAGAAAAAUUACUCCAUAAACCAGAGUUAAACUUCUAUAUUGUUAUAUUAGUCUAACUUUCUCAUGUGGUGCUUCUGUAUUGUUUAUAUAUUGCUUACAUCCUUUUAUUCCUCUUUUAAUGAUCUCUCUUUUCUCUCUCUCUCUCUCUCUCUCUCUCUCUCAAUGAGGCUGAGAAUCCAACCUGAGAACUUUCAUACAUGGUGGAUAAGCCUAUAUACCACUGAGCUAAAUCCUCAGCACAGCUGAUAACAUCAUUUUUGCUGAAAAAUGGCCAAUCAAACUUCCCAUUAGACAAAGAAAGUCAAAUGUCAAGUAUAUCGAAAUGAAUGACCCUUUUUUUUUUUUAUGUUUUUUCAUUCUUCCCACAGAUAUUCACAUGGUAAACCUGAGGUCAUAGGGUCAUUAUAGGGAAGGUGCUGUGUGGGAACUACCCACGUGCCCUGUGCUUUAAUCUUUAACUCAACACAUCCCUGAUAACUUUGAGCAUUCUUUUCUUUUCUUUUCUUUCCUUUUCUUUUCUUUUCUUUUCUUUUUCUUUUUUUUAAACAGAAGAAAAUGGAGUUUAGAGAGAUAAUUGAUUUUCCUAAAGUCACAUUCUUAAGAUCAUGGUUACAUCUAGAAUUAAAUCAGUUCUGUCAAAGUCCACAACAUAUGAUAGUUUUUUUCUUUUCCGAGCUUUUAUUGCCAAAUUGGUAGUAGCCUGUGUUGUCGUCUAGCAAAUGCUAUUGCAUUAGAUUGAAUAUAAUAGAAUCUGAAAUGUGAUCUUUAUGGAAGAUCACAAAACUAAUUACUUGCACCCUCUUUCUCUUCCACUUCAUUCUUGGUGCCUUUUAUAGGCAGUCAAGAGUUAACAUAUAUUUGUUGCUAAUAUUGGCAAUUUAUGUUUUCUAUCCUUUUUUUCUUAGAUCAGUCUUGCUCAGAAUCACUGGUUUUGUUAUGUUGUUGUUGUUGCUAUUGUUAUUGUUCUUGUCUUUUUCAAAGCUCAAAUCUUUAACUUUCCUCAUUUAUUUAUUUAAUUGAGCUUUAGUCUUUAUUUUUAGAAACAUAGAAAUUUCUUCUAGCUAUCUGGAAUAUCUUCAGUUUUUUGAGGCAAAUGCUUAGACCAUUGAUAUUUCAGUCUGUUUUCUACACAUGUACUUUAGGAUUCUAGGUUUCUCCCUGAGCCCUGCUUUCGAUGUAACACUGAAUUUCUGUAUGUCUUUACUGGUUAGUUACUUUGAUAGUUUGUAUAUGCUUGACCCAGUGAGUGGCAGGAUUAGAAGGUAUGGCCUUGCUGGAAUAGGUGUGCCACUGUGGGUGUAGUCUUAAGACCCUUACCCUAGCUGCCUGGAGGCCACUAUUCCACUAACAGCCUUCAAAUGAAAAUAUAAAACUCUCAGCUCUGCCUGUGCCAUGCCUGCCUGGAUGCUGCCAUGCUCCCACCUUGAUGAUAAUGGACUGAACCUCUGAACCUGUAAGCCAGCCCCAAUUUGUUGUCCUUAUAAAAGACUUGCUUUGGUCAUGGUAUCUGUUCACAGCAGAAAGAACCUAACUAAGACAGUUACCAUUCAGUUCAAAAUAAUUCUUGAUUUUAUUGUUAUUUAGACAUGUGAUAUUUACUUUUCAACAUCUGGAGAAUUGUUUAGGUUUUUUUUGUGUGUGUGUCUUUAGUAGGUAUUAAUAAACUAAAUUGAGACAACUCCAAAGUAUUUGCUUGGUUUAUUGAAAAUAGCAUAAACAGAGCCAGGUGCUUCUGUAUUCAUGUUUUGACACCAGUUUGUGAUUGUUGAACAAUAUAUCUUAUUUCUAAACUUUUAAAAAGCUACUUAAAGACAUUAACUUGCUCCCUUACAAUAUGUUGAUGGUUCAGUCCAUUAAAUGCUUACUUUGUAA